AUGAUCGCGCUUAAUCUCCUCACUUUUCUUUUUCUUUUUGAAGUGUUGGUGUGUGGCUCGGAGCUGGACCCUCCUGGAUGGAGAGAACCUCUGGACUGUGUGAGAGCUUCUGAGAUGUGUAACCAGAACAGUCAGUGCAGCUCCCGCUACCGGAUCAUGCGCCAGUGCCUGUCUGGAGGGGACAAGGAGCGCAGUGCCAUGCUGGCCUCCAGGGAGUGCCAGGGGGCGCUAGAGGUCCUGCAGGACUCCCCACUGUAUGACUGCCGCUGUAAAAGAGGCAUGAAGAAGGAGCUGCAGUGUCUUCAGAACUACUGGAGCAUCCACAUGGGUCUCACUGAAGCAGCCCUGGCACACGGCUUCACUCUGGCCUUCCCGCUGCUGGCCUAG